AUGGUCGCCUCCUUGGCCGGGGCUGAGAAAUUCGUGUUUCUCUUCAAGGAGAAGAACAGCCACUUCUUCAUGAUCAAGGGAUUCGCGCUCGCGGCUCAUUAUGACGUCACUGUGCUGCCAUCUGCCUGUCACUGCCGCCGCCGCUGCGAGGUGAUCCCCUCGUGCCACUCGGUGUCCAUAGUGCCACGGGGGGGAGGGGACGUGGAGUGCCGUACCUCCAGCAGGCCCGGCAACGUGAACCAAUGGACUGAGCGCCCUAACCUCCUGCAGACUUCCGGCGCCACGCACAUCCUCGAGACAGAUGACGGUGAAUGGGAAGAGCCAGAGAUCGAUGGAAUGUUUUAUCACGUCAAAUUCUUUGCGUCUAAGGACCCUCAAUGCCACAACAGCUACGAACCCGCCACGGCCAAGUCGCUAACACAGUACGAGAUCUUCAAGAAGUAUUACGAUACUGCCAACAGUCCCAUGUGGGUUGGCCUCCGUCUGCACAGCGUCGUUAACACCACCGACUACGAACCGUACUGGGAGAACUCAACCACGAUCAACCCGCCGCAGGAGCUGCCUUAUGACCAGUCUGGACUCCCCUCGUCGGUUCUGCACAUUGACCACGACGAUGAGUACUACUUCUACAUGCAAAAGACUGGCUCUGAGUACGAGUUCUACAGCGGCAAUCCUCACAAUAAGUAUACUCUGUGUCAGGCUAACAAGUUAAAGCUCCACUGGCCUUGACUCGGACUGACUCUGGAAAUCUGCUCCUGUUUCUGACGACCGAACCACGCGCACAGGACACUCACUCGCAUGAAUAUACCAAUCAUAAGUUCUCACAGAUAUACAUGUAAACACACACACUCCACACAAACAUACAAGUAUAUAUGUAUAUAUGUGUGUGUGUGUGUGUAAGUAUAUGACAAUAAAAUCAAUAAGAAUUGAAAUGAAAUUGACAUCCAUUUUGGUUUUGUGUUCAUCGGCUCAGCAGAUCUUGGCGAGUUCGAAACGUCUU